AACAGGGCGCGCGGCGCGGGGUAGCGGCGGGACCCGGCGGGGAGCGGUCCCGGGAGCGCAGCGGGCACGGGGUGGAGCCGCCGCCGACAGUUCCCGCAGCUGCCGGGGCCAUGGGCACACCGGCCUCGGUGGUGAGCGACCCUCCGGGGCGAGCAGCGCCCGCGGCCCGCAGCCGCAAGCGGGCCUCGGCCAACAUCUUCCAGGGCGUGGGGCUACCGGAGCUGCGGGGCCUCUUCCGGAGCGGCGGGGCCGAGCGGCCCGAGGAACUUGCCCGCCUCGUCUGGCGGUACGCGGGGCAGCGGCGCAUGGCGCGGGCCCUACGGCGGCUCCGGCGGCGGCGGCGGCCGACAGAGCCCGGCGCCGGGAUGGCGGCUCUGCGGCGCUUCGGCCGCCUGCGGAUCACGGAGAAGGAGCCGGAGGGCAGCCACGGGGCUGAGACGCCCUCGGGGUCCAUAUAACAAGGCGGAGUGGCCGCGCCCAGCCAGCCAGGGUCUCCCAGAACACUAAGCACACUUGGACAAGGUGCAGUGGUUAAUAAAAGGUGGACAGUG